AUGGCCAAGACGUGUACAAGAGUUGAUUUUCAUAGGCUAAUGGAGACUAUAGAGAAGGUAGAUGUAAAGUUAAAAGAAUACUUAAAGCUGACUGGAUAUGAUAAAUGGGCUAGGUGUUAUGCAAAAGUUCAUCGAGGAUUGUCUGUGACAUCGAAUAUUGCAGAGAGUCUAAAUAUUGUACUAGUAUCAACAAGAGAAUUGCUAAUCAGUGAUUUUCUAGAGCAGGUUGUAUCAUUGACUGAAUACGUACAGAAUGUGAUUGAUGAUGGCCGAAAUUUGGUGGUGUGUCUUCUAAAAAAAUAUGUUCCUGUGGAAGAUUUAUACAAACCAAAGAUUGUCUUAAAGAUUUAUGAGAUGCCAAUAUAUUUUUUACCAAAUAUUAAGGAGUGGGUGAUAGUUGAAUACAUAUUGGAUAAUGAAGUUCUGCCUCCAAAUUUCAGGAGACGUGCUGGCAGGCCAAGAAAGAAAAUUUAUGCAAAGGGUUCAAAAGAGUUGCUCGAAACUGUGUAA